GGACUCAUGUGUCUUCCGUUGCUUAAUUCGUUCGCUUUUCACGAUGUGAAACCUCGAAGCGGAUGGACGAAGAAGAAGUUCCUUGACGUUUGUGAAGAAGCUAGUGAACUGCUAGAACUUCGGCUACAGAAGCGCCUGAGAGCCAACACUUUGUUAAUUGAGCGGUUGCGUUCCAUGAGCGCUCAAGUCGCUGCACUUCCUCCGAUGUUUGAUAAAAUCAACUAUUUCGAUUUCAUCAGUGGAAAGGAGACGGUAACCACAGAUACAGUGCAUGACGUGAAGAAUCGAAGUCGACAAGAAUGGGAAGAUUCUGUGCUCACUCGAACGAGGAAACGUCUCCGCACCACUCGCCCCACUGAUACAUCCCAUUGUGAGCCAUCUUUGCCUGAAGAGACAAAGUGCCCUUUGCCACCCAUCAAAGAGAAGUUCGCUGACGCCACUUAUGCGGUUGAUACCUCUACAGUCAAACGGGCCAAAAGGACUUCAAAGAAAGCCGUCUUGAUCUCCUCCACUCCAGCUCAUCAGGAGAUCACCACAUUUGCCAUCCCUUCGACUACAAGAGUCACGAGGACAAGGAAGGCGGCUGUAGCUCGCCAGAAAAUGCGUCCACUGAAACCGGAUGAUGUUCUCAUGUCUUCGAAUGGAUCACCGAUUUUAAACCCUUUCGCUGUGGGCAACGACCAACCACGGUUGAAUCCAACAGAUCUCCAACACACACGGAAACUAUACUUGAAUCUUCAGGCAUUUUUUAAUACACAUAAAUGAGUCCGCUGUAUGUGUGACGUCCCUCUUGUUUUCUCUUAUAUUUCAGUGAACUAUGUGUAUGACUAUAAAAGUGUGUUUUAACAAGCAA